AUGCCUCCUCUUCCUCUUGAUGAGCGCAUAGUGGUCAUCCAGCGCCCGAAAAACCUAGCCCUGUGUGAGGCUUCCCCACAAACCAUCCCACAGCACUCCUCUCAAAUAUCAGCCUCCACCAAUGGACACGCUCCUCACUUCCACCCUUCGCAUUCUCAUUUCUAUCCACCCGCCUGCAAAUCUCUGACUCGGGAAUGCAAGCGCAGAUCCGCUCGUGUGCCCAAAUUCAAAGUCGAUCAACCGGUCAUCCCAGCAGGUGUCAGCCACAUCCCUAGUCACUGCCAUAGCAAUGGGACAGUAACUCUCGGCCCACGACUGCCCUCCCACACACAUACUAUUGAUAUCAGAGUGACGGUGGACAAAGGAGGACGGGGAGGAGGAAACAGCAACUCUUUAGGGCGCAGCGGAGGUGCAAAGGGAAGCAGAGGAAAAUGUGCCUUGUCACAGUUAGAUCAAGGACAAUGUGAGAGAAGAACUGGAACAGCAGGGAGGCCAGGAGGUGCCGAACACAAGUCACAACAGAGUCGCCAGAGUCAGCUGUCAACUUCCCCUGGAGGCGUUCUACAAUUCGUCCCAGCUCAGGCGCAGCAGCGAAGGUUCAGGAGUGAGAAGGAGAACACAAGCUUCCCUAACAGAGGCGACCAGGAGUUUCCUUCUCUAGGUCACAAGAAGAGUUCCAAACUGGGAUCUGUCCAUCAAAGCCAUAACAGCCACAGUCUGCCCUACCACCAAAACUCCGUCCCUGUGCCCCAUGCCGCCGUUUUAAACUCCAACUACCCACCAUCCCCUCCCUCCCAACCCACCCAUGUCCCAGUCUCCUAUCAGCAACUCAACCAGCCGCACCCUUCCUGCACCAAGGACCUCCGCUCUCACCUUCUUCAUGGUCUACCCCUCUCCCCCUGCUCCUCCCACGUCGGAGGCUUCCCAAGCCCUGACCAUACCUGCACAAUCGACUGCACCCGCCCAUUCAGUUGCGGCUGCUGGAGGUUGGUAAAAUGCAGAGGUUGUAAGGGACACACUGCUAGCUGCCAACGAGGGGGUGGAAGCACGUCCACCUCAUUCUCCUGUGUUCAUAAUGCUGGAGCAGUGAAGAGAGGAAGCAAAGAAAUGGGUCUGAGAAAUCUAGGGGGGUGUCUCUCCACCACCUCCACCUCCAACACCUCCUCUUCCAACAGCACUGUGUCUGACUGCCGGGCAAGCCUGUUCAAACCUCUCCGCUGUGCCUCCUGCUCUGGAGAGGCCGGAAACUUUGAGAGUCCUGCUAUCCUUCGGAAAAAACUGGUAGGGGGAUGCCUGCCCUGUACCCCUCUGUCCUCUUCAGCCCCUCUGCGGGCGAUACAGAGCUGUGUCACAGGCUGCAACCCCAAAGCCUCUCAGACAGGCAGCUCCACCUGCAGCUACUGCAGCAGCGACCCUAUAGUGGUGACAUUUAACCCUCGCAGAGGCAAACCCCCGGGAAGAGCAGCUCAUCCGGCAGGUACGUUCCAAGCCGACGACGAUGACUAUAGCGUGCGUACUAUCUGGCCUGAAGAACUGGCCAAGAAGAUGACCCAUUCUAAAGCCCAGAAAAAUCACUGUGCUGGGAUGGGAGCAGAACUCGGUAAGACCUGCUCAACCCAGGCCCAGGACGGUAGCAACGGAAAAGGUCUCGCCAUACUGGACUGUCAAAACCUCCAGGAAUACGCACAUUCUCAUCUUACAGACCGCGCUGGCCGACGACGUCUUCAGCAGGGGAAAAUGGCUGCUUUUGAUUUUAUGGGCCGCAGGUCAGGAUCUAGUUAUGACGAAGGCAGGAACUCCCUUAAGAGGCUCUUGAAUAAAGCCGAAGAUGUAGGAGCUGAGCAAGACGGAGAUGCAGCAUAUCCACGUUCCCCCUCUCCACGCUCCACUUCGCCACCGUCACCAGUGUCCUUUUCGCCCCCACCAUCCGCCCCUAGCACACUCAUCAAACCCAAGCCCUGGCAGAGAGACAGGGAUGGAGGAAAUUCGCUGCCCACGGCUCAUUCACUUCACCUGGCCCUCAACUCUCUGAACAGGGAGCAGGACGAGGAGAACAACAAAAUGCACCUUUCUCUACCGCUCUCGUCUUCCUUGCCUGCCUCUCUGUCCGAUGAGACCGUGAUGAGUCCCGAUGCGGAGAAUGCCGUGAUCAGUCCCAUCUUACCCUUCCUGUUUCUGGGGAACGAGAGAGACGCCCAGGACCUGGACCUGCUGCUCCGCCUCAACAUCGGCUACGUGGUCAACGUAACUACACACCUGCCCCUCUACCACGUCAAGUCUGGACUGCGCUACAAGAGGCUGCCUGCCACUGAUAACAGCAAGCAAAACCUUCGACAAUACUUUGAGGAGGUUUUCGAAUUCAUUGAGGAGGCAUAUCAGAGUGGACAGGGAGUGUUGGUACACUGCCAGGCAGGCGUGUCCCGUUCUGCAACCAUCGCCAUCGCUUACCUUAUGAAGCACACCCUCAUGACAAUGACAGAUGCCUACAAGUACGUGCGGAGCCGUCGUCCUGUCGUGUCCCCGAAUCUCAACUUCAUGGGUCAACUGUUGGAGUUUGAAAGGGACCUCAACUCCGGGGUGACUCCUCGUAUCCUGAUGCCUAAACUCAGCGGUGUGGAGACUCAGCACAGAUAUGGUACAAUCUGCCCUCAUAAGAAACCCAUCACCAAGGGCUUCUCCCCUCCCUUCAUAUGGAUGAAAGGAGACACCCCAGUGAACAGUACCAUGAGUGUCGGUCAGGCCAGGAAGCUGGUGGAGCAAUUGAAGAUAGAGGCUAGUUUCUGCAGGAUAAAGGUAUCAAAGGCCGCAGCCGACCUUAUGGCGUACUGCGACGCACACUCCUGCGACGACCCCCUUAUCAGUCCCGUGCCAACCUCAGAGAACCCGUUCAGGGAGAAGAAAUUCUUCUGCGCUCUGCUUUGAGACAAAUCAGGGAUUGCUGUGAUUAAAAGUACCACUGUACAGUAUGUAUGUACUGUGUGAACAUGUACUUCUGAUCUGAAUGAGACAUCAAUGUACUAUAGUAACCUUGCAUAAAAGCUGCCGGUGUACAGUACACAGUCAACCCUUGAACUAAAUUCUUUCUCUGCUAAAGUCUCAAAGUAAGAGGGAAAGAACAAAAAUAACAAAACCCAGGAAUAUCACAAUCAAAAGAAAAGAAAACUUAGGAAACAGCUAUUAUUUAUUUCAUAACACAUUUCAUGCUUAUUUUUAUGAUAGGUAACUGCCAAAAAAGGAUAGCCAUUAUGGAUUCUGCAACUUUUUGACACUUAACUAGGAGGCAAAGUCCCACCCUUUGGAUGUUGCUCUCUUAGAUGCUGCUCUGACAGUUCAAGGCUGUCACCUCUGCCCAUGGUAAUGUUCAUACAUUUUCGACCGAAGAAAAGCCUAUGUUAGGUAAGUUAGUGUGAAAUUUCCUAUCUGGUUGCUACAUGUAGAUGGAGGUAAUAACACUCUUCUUUAGACUAACGCUCCUUCAGUGUUCUUUCUAGAUUUUCCUUUAGUGCUACACAUUCAACCUGAAUUAAUCCUGGGGAAUGAUGAAUGAAAUGAGUUCUGUGGUAAGCACAAAUGUAAGAUACUUUAUAGUUUCGUCAUCCUGCUUGUGAAUUUUGGGGCGUUAUACAAGUACAAAUGUCUGUAAAAAGGGUUGGGAUAUAAAAUGUCAUCAAGGCGAGCACGAGGAAACCCAUCUCCUCAGAGGGGGUGGAGUUGAAGUCACACACCCAUGGUGCAUUUUGUUCCAAUAAAGUUGAAGCUUCUCAAGUCACGAAAUUGUGUUAAUUUGAGAAGAUGAUCUUGCUAAUUAAACAUGGAGUAUGACAAAUGCUUGUUUUCCACAGAGCUUAUUUACUGGAAUAAUCCAAUUGAAAAUAUACUAAUUGCUAAUUUACAGGAUGGACUACAAAAAGACAACCCCUGCAGCACUCAAUUAUCUUUUCCAACACGUUUUGUAUUCCUCUGUUUUGGCAGUUACUUGUAUGUAUCAAGUCCAACCGCUGUUUAUGAGUGGAGCAAUUUCAUUCAAGGUUUAUUAAGGUGUUAGCAUUUUAAUUAUUUCUAUACUGUUGCCGUUGUGUGUGGAAACGUGUAUGUGUAUGCACAGGUGCUACAGUGAAACUCAAGCCACAAUCCUGAGAGUCUGAUCACUGUCAGAAAAAUAUUUUAUAGCUCAAUAGCACAUAGACCUGAAGAAAAACAUCCCACGGUUAUGGAAAUGUAAUAUAUAUAAUCUAAGCCAUUAAAGCAAAAUCAGCUAUUUGAUUAUUAUCAGUGUCACAGGAACAGUUUUAUAUUUCUUCAAGGUAAAAAACAAAAAGAAAUGCAGCCUUCAAAAAUACUUUCAAAGAAACAGUGUGCAUUUUAACCAAUCAGGUGUGAUGGGGUCCUUCAACCCAACGACUCCUCUCAUUCAUGUGAAGCAAGGACAAAUGUGAAUGACUUGGGAAUUCCUUUUAUUAAUUCAAAUGUGUCGCUUUCUCUGUGGUUAUUUCUCCAUCUACAAUACAGGCAAUGACAUAAGUCUGUUUAAUAAAUGCAAGAAAAUGAAAACUGCUGUACUUUGGAGUUCCCCUCAUCUCAUGAGCUCCACGGCAUCUUCAACACGAUCAAACGUUAAAGGAGCCAUGAAAAACCAAUGUAUUUUCAAUAUCUUUCAAAUUUGGUGCUUUGCAAAAAGAGAAACCAUAGAACAUGAAGAAUUAAAAUAAAACCUCCUGUUAUCAAA